AUGGAGCAGAAGGCGAAGAGCAAGUUAUUCAUCUCCACCAGCCUGGACGCCAAGGAUGAGCUGGAAGAGCGUCUGGAGCGAUGUGUGGCGCUGGUGACCUCCAUGACCAACGGCGUGUCUGAGAGGGAGGCCAAUGACGCCCUCAACGCUUACGUUUGUAAAGGACCCACCCAGCACGAGGAGGUGUGUCUGGGACUGUUCACCGUGGUGCUGUCGGAGCCGGCCCAGGCCCAGAAGAGUUACCGUGAUCUGGCUCUGGUCAGCAGAGACGGGAUGAACAUCGUGCUCAACAAAAUCAACCAGAUCUUGAUGGAGAAGUACCUGAAGAUCCAGGACACCAGCCGGACGCAGCUGAUCUGGUUGGUACGGGAGCUGGUGAAGAGCGGCGUGCUGGGAGCCGAUGGCGUUUGUAUGACCUUCAUGAAACAGAUUGCAGGGGGCGACAUUUCCUCCAAGAAUAUCUGGCUGUCUGAGAGUGUGCUGGACAUCCUGAUGGAGCAGAGGUAA